CCUAUCACUUCUAUCCCAGCUCAAGCUCUUAAACCAUUCCCUUUAUCCCCGCCAUCACCAUGGACAAAACCUUCCUAAAACUCCCCUCCACUUUCUUCCUUCUCUUUGUUAUUCUCUCCUCCACCACUACUGCCACCACCGCAAAACCUCACCGCUUCUCCAAACAACUACCACCGGCAACACUAGGCCUCAAGCGAGAGAAACUGAGCCACCUACACUUUUACUUCCACGACAUCCUUAGUGGCCGAAACCCCACUGCCGUCAAAGUGGCCAGCGCCCCCUUGACAAACAGAUCCGCCACUGUCUUUGGUCAAGUCAUGAUGAUGGACGACCCUCUAACCGUGGGCCCUGAGCUCACCUCCAAACUCGUGGGAAGAGCACAGGGAAUCUACGCCUCCGCAUCACAGACUGAAGUGGGGUUUUUAAUGGUGCUCAAUUUUGCGUUCAUGGAAGGCAAGUAUAAUGGGAGCAAUCUUAGCGUCUUGGGACGGAAUGCGGCGUUCUCCGCCAUGAGAGAGAUGCCGAUUGUUGGCGGAAGUGGGGUUUUCCGGUUUGCACGUGGGUAUGCUCAGGCUAGGACUCACAUGCUUGACUUCAAAACUGGGGAUGCCGUUGUGGAGUAUAAUGUAUAUGUGUUCCAUUAUUGAGUGAAAAAAAAAUUAAUAGGUGGCCCAAGAAAGUACCAUAGGGCAAUGUUCCUGCCACUGUUUGUCAUCGUCAUAUUAAAUAUAUUUUCUUUUGUCUG